CUUUGUUUCGCCGAUCCAAAAUUUGCUUUAAAGAUUUGUGCUCUUGAAUUAUUAUUGCUUAUUGAUAAAUAAAAAGUAAAAUGAAUACCUCAUUUCUCCCAGUUAAUGAUUUGUUCAAGAAUAGGAUUUCCAAAAUUACAGCGGCGGACAUUCCAGAAUGCGGCCGAUACACCGAUGAAAAGUCAAGGCUUACAUUUUUCAGCCUAGAAGAAAUCAUUAAUUCAAUUGGCAAAAGGUCUACUGAAGCUCAAGGCCUCAAAAGAGUUAUUACUACCUUUGAUAAACUUCGCUUAUUCCCAAAUCACAUACUUUACCUUCUUAAAGAUGAGAAUGGUAAUGGGGGAACUGGUGAAAUCAUUGGCCUUUUAAAAGUAGGUGAAAAAAAAUUAUACUUAUAUGAUCGUCAAGGCAAAUUGAAGAUAGCAACACCUAUGUGUGUCUUAGAUUUUUAUGUGAUUGAAAGUAGACAAGGAGCUGGUCUGGGAAAAAUGUUGUUUGACCAUAUGCUAGAGGAUUUGAAACUGACGCCUUAUGAACUGCCAAUAGAUGGGCCAUCGGUAAAAAUGUUGGGAUUUCUAAAACAUCACUAUAACUACACCAAAAUUAUAAAACAGUCCAACAAUUUUGCAGUAUGCGAUCAAUUUUUCGAGUCUGAAAAUGUGGGGUCAUCCAAACCAGAACAACAAAUAGAAGCACCUCAUUCCUAUACUCAUUAUUGGCAAAGUGAAGCAGGCUCGGUGAUACAAGGAGGCAGCUCAUCGUCAAGCAAUUUAUCAUACAAAAGCAACGAGUCAGAGGCAUCAAUUUCGGAGGCGGAUGGCGAGACUUCCGAGGAGAGAUGGGAGGUAGCGGCGCCGCCUCCGGGGCCUCAGCUAGAGUCCCUUGACCUAUCGGCGGAUGACAAGACCAGCAGCAAACCCCCUGAGCGCCCUUCUACCUUAUCCUUCGAAAACUUGAAUAUUGCCGAAGGCGAGGCUACAGUCGAACCCUCGAAGGCGACCUCUUCUGAUCACUCCGACAGCCAACUUACCGAUCAGGGCUAUGUAGACCUGAAGUUCCAUCAUAAAAAACUUUGGUAACUUUGCUUAACCUUGAAUGUUAUUAAGCUUAAUAUUUAAAAUAAUUCGUUAAAUCUGUUGCUACCUGUAUGUUGCUGAUAGUUGUGUUAAAUGCUUUGCCUAGCCCGCAUUCGGGGAAGUUGCGGGCGACUGCACUCGACACUAAAUGUUGUCAUUUGUAUGCUCGUUGUCUUUAUUAUUUAUUCAUCGUAAUUUAUUAACGUAAUCGUAUCAUCAUAGUAACGUAUUAAUAUUACAUUUAUUAAAGAUUAAUAUAUUCUUGCUUGUAAACAUUAAAAUGUUGACAUGAUUAAUGUAUUAUAUAUGGUCUUUAUGUGGUCUAUGCGCUGUGUAAACCAAACCUAGUCUACUGCUUUAUUUCGAACUUCGAGAGAGUAAAAUAUUUUUUUUUUGUAAUCCCUCUACUUAAAACAGGUUUUCAAACUCCAUGUGUCUAAAUAUUCUUUAAUAAUAAUGUAAUUUUGCAUAGUAAAUACUAAUUCAGUUGAACCAUUUUUUAACCUAAGUUAUAAUUAUCGCAAUUUAACAGACCAAAAACUAUUAUUUCGUAAAAAUUCAGUUACUAAGGAAGUAAUAUAGUUAAUAAUGUAAUGCUAGAAUUAAUAACAGUUCAAAUGGAUUGAAAAUUUAUAAGGCAUUCAUUUUAUGUUUAGAAAAAAUUCAGGGUAAAUUUUAAAAAUUAUAUUUUCCUUCUAUAUACUCCCAAGACAUAUGCAUAUUGUAUUAUUUUUUACCCAUUUCUACAAUGUGAGCCAAACUGUCUGACAAUGCCAUUAUGUGCAAACCUUUGAAAAAGAAAAUUACAUAUAUUUUUAAUACGUAAAGGAAAUUUUGCAUGAUUUUUUUAUUAUAACCUAAAACAUGUAGUUAUGAAACUAUAUAUAACCUGACCGAAAAUAAAAAAAACACUUCGCCAUAUAGCGGAAACUUGUAGUACUUUUUUCGAUUACUUAUAGAAGAUAUUGUGAAGGAGUUGAUUGAGUCGUACAUGACAGAUUUUCUAUUUUCCCGGUCAAGCUAUAAAAUUAAUCUAUUGGCCCACGAUUUUAAUUAUUUAUUAAUGUGCAUUCUAAUUUUGUUAAUUUAAGUAAAAAUAUGCAUUCCAUAUAUAAUAUUAUU